CACAGCACCUCCUCCGCAGGGCAUCCUCCGCAGGGCAUCCUCCAGUCCCUUCCUGCUCCUGAUUCCUACAAGCAACCAGGAAUCAUUCUCUUCUCUUCAGUUCGUUCAUCACUUCCCAUCAGCUCUCGAUGAGUCAUGGCUUCCCCAUCGCCCCUCGAUUACCGGAGGCUGCCUGACGUCGAUGACACCGACAGCUGGUCCGACUCAGGGGUGAGAAGGAGAAACGGGGACGAUGCUGGCGCAUGGCUGACUGCCCAUCCGCUGUGUUGAUGCAGUACGCGCACAGGAAGCCUCUUCGUGCAGCGAAGAAGCGCGCGGACAUUCAAACGACCAUUCGGGAAAAGAAUGAGGUCAGCGAAAGAAAGUGAGUGACUGUUCAUCCGCAGAGGCGUGUUCUUGUUUGCAGCAUGUGGCUGAGCCGGCCGGCAAUGUGUGGUGCUGCUGCCUUGGAGGCGCAAUGGUCAGACAUGCACAUCGUGACGGCGCAGACACACCACACACCUUUGUCUGUUGCGGCUUUCAGCUGAUGGAGAAGAUCGCAGAUGCGUGCAAGAAGAACCGGUUAAAAGACCUGAGGUCGGCUCACGUCCACGACCACGCGUAUUUCGGCUCUUUUUGCACGUGUUCUGGCCGCCUUUGUGCAGGAUGGAGCGUCGCUUCAGUGAGGCCAUGUUCGUCAAGGCGUUCGAGCGGGGCAAGAACUGCUUCAUCUUCAGAUUUGGCACCGUCGUGUGCUGGGACUUCAACGCUGACGAACGACAAGUGAGAGAGGGAGGGAGGGAGGGAGGGAGACCGUGCCCAGAAAGUGUGGAAUCUUUGUCCUUGGGUUUGUUCGUCAGCGUUUGGUGCAGCUAUUGCUGCCCUUCAUAGUGGAGGUGCUGACCGAGAAGCAGCGCGAGGAAGACGACAUGAGUUACGUCUGGUGAGCAUUCAGCGAGGCGGCCCACCUACCUGUCUACUGCAUGAAUGCACGUGUGGGGCCUGGCAGGGGCGACAAGCCGCAGAUCCGCAAAGACACCAUGCACCUGGUCAGCACAUUCACCCACACAGUCGCGAAAAGGGCCGAGUGUGUCAGAGGCCGAGCCGAGAGACCCUAUCUCUCACCUGCCGAUGCGCGCUGUGUGUGCAGGUGACGUCGGACAUGUUUGAGAAGCUGGCGUACAGCUAUGCCUUCGCCCAGAGCGUCAAGCUGACGGUGUUUGAGGAGGUCAUCGAGAACACCAUCGAGUCGACCAGAAACAUACCAGGUAUGAACCUAGACAGACACACGCAUACACAGACACUCAGACACACCGACACACAGACAGAGACAGAGAGAGGCAGACAGAUACACAGACAGACACAGACACAGACAUAGACACAGACACAGACAGACACACAGACACAGACAGACACACAGACACAGACAGACAGACACACAGACAGACACACAGACAGAAAGAGAGAGCGAGUACACAUGGUUCUUUGUCGGCCCCAUGUUCAUACAUGCAGAGGGUUUGAUGAAGACUGGCAAGAUCCAUCUGAAGCGCGAGGACAUCUCCAAGAAGAUCGGCGAGUUGUUCCUGCAGCGCUGCUACGUCAACCUGCACACCGACAUCCUCGACACACCUGGUAGGCCAGGCCAAGAUGGCCGGGAGGCACACAGCAAUGCCGUUGUUGGCUCGCUGUCUGAGUGCAGACAUCUUCUGGGAGUUUGACGAGUUUGAGGGCACAUACUCGUGAGCGACAACCGAUCAUCGGUGGCCACGCAUAGCAUACACACCUGGGCGUUUGGUGCUGUUCUGCAUUCAGUUCAUGUCGUGGCUACCUGGAGAUCACCAAACGAGUCGAGAUCCUCAACCAGCGGUAGGGAGACAGCCAGGGACGGACAGCAGCAACCACUCACUCACUCACUCCUGCGAUCGCAUCGGUGUCUGUCUGUGUCUGUGUGUGGCAUCGCAUGUAGGCUGGACAUCAUAAAGGACCUGUAUGACAUGCUCCACAACGAACUCACCAUACAGGUCAGCAAGUGAAGCCGACCCACCAUGACGAUGUGUCCCGGGCUCCCCCCUCACUCCUCCUUCGUGUGUGUAUGUGUGUCUGCCUGCCUGCCUGCAGCAUGGGUACAAGUUGGAGUGGAUUGUCAUCUACCUCAUCUGCAUUGAGGUCGCCAUCGAGGUCAUCUGGAACAUUCUCAUCAAGGACGUCUUCGGAUGGGUCUAGCCGAGUUGAUGUCGGUCACCCGGGCGGCUUGUCCGUCGCCUCUUGUCGAGUGUUGCCGCCUCACUUUUUCGAUCGUCAGUAAGGCCCGUGUGGCGUGUUUUUUCGGGCGGUUUUCGACGUCACGUGGGUGAAGGGGGACGCAGCUGUAUGCAUGACGUAUUACAUGCGCGACACAUUGGGUUGAUGGAUGGACUGAUGUGAUCAAGUUGUUACUACAAUGA